AUGGCAGAAUACAAACUCAACUACGAAUCAGAAUUGGACUCAUUCCAAUUAUACUACCGCUAUGAAGACAAACAGCCACACCACGACUGGCGCACAGCAGCACUUCGCGGUCCGGCUUUACCUGCUCUAGGGAAUGCCGUCGCGGGCGCUGUCGGUGCCGCCAUCUCCAACGUUACUACCUACCCGCUCAGUCUUAUCGUAGCGAGGCUACAGACGCAGAGACAGCGCGGACGGUCGAAGACAGAUUCAGGUGAGGACGAAGACGAAGACGAGGAGGAGGAAUAUACAAGCGUCUUGGACGCAGCAAGGAAGAUCUACGCCCAAGAAGGGCUGGGAAGUCUAUAUAACGGUCUCGUGCAGGACACGGCCAAGACAGUCGCCGAUUCGUUCCUGUUCUUCCUUGCGUAUGAAUCAUUCCGGCAGAGACGAAUCACGGCGCGGUUUGGGGCAUCGCGGAAGGGAAGACGGAAUGUUGUUUUGCCCGUGUGGGAUGAAUUGAUGGUUGGGGUUUUGGCGGGGGCGGUUUCGAAGCUAUUCACGACGCCUUUGGCGAAUAUUGUUACGAGGAAGCAGACGCAGGGUGGCGAGAAGAAUGUGUCGACGAGGGAUAUCGCCGCCCAGAUCAAGGCUGAGAAGGGCCUGCGAGGUUUCUGGUCUGGGUAUUCGGCUACGCUUAUCCUUACCCUCAAUCCGUCAAUUACGUUUUUCUUGAACGAGAUGCUGAAAUAUGCUCUCCUUCCUCGGACUAAACGUGGCAGGCCUUCACCAGUAACGACGUUUCUCCUUGCUGCCCUCAGCAAAGCAGCCGCUUCAUCAGUGACAUAUCCCAUCUCGAUGGCCAAAACCCGAGCCCAAGCCACGUCCUCCACCCAGACCAACUCACCAAAAUCAUCACCAGCAUCAUCAACAGUAUCAUCAUUCACCCCCCAAAUCCUCUCCGCCGUCUUCACAAUCGCCAAAACAGAAGGCCUCGCCGCCCUCUACGCCGGGCUACCAGGCGAAGUGCUCAAGGGCUUCUUCUCCCACGGCUUCACCAUGCUCGCCAAAGACGCCGUCUACUCCAUCAUCGUAAAAGCAUACUAUCUCCUCCUCAUCGCGUUACGAAAAUACCCCACACCAGAGGAACUGAUCGAGCGCGCCCGCGAGCAAGCAGAAGAAUACGCCGAGGCUGCGCGCGAGGGCGCAAAGGAUCUAGUCGAGAAGACGAAAGCCGGGACCGAGGAAGCGUUGGAGAACCAUGCUGGCAAUGUUGCUGCGGAUGGGACGUCUAAUACUAUGCCCGGCAACACUGCGAGUGGGAAUGUGAAUGAUGGCGUCGAGUCCUCGUCUGGGUUUAGGGUUCCUCACGAUCCAGCGUUGGAUGUCGAGACCAAUGAGACGGCCGAGUUGGUGGGUGAUUAUGUCGAGGAUGAGGCUGAUGAGUGGAGGAGUUUAUACCAUUGGUUUUGGGAGGGGAGGCAUAAGGAUUAG